GCCUCUCAGACCCAAUAUUACUGUCUCAGGUGAGAUGAAGGAAGAGAGGCCUGUCAGUUUGAACUGCUCUGCUGCAGCUCCCUGUCCCAAACACUCUCCUAAACUGACAUGGACUCUCCCAACCCUGUUUACACCUGAGAACCAACUGCAAGAGAAUUCAGAUCAAACCAAAUCUGUUCUCUCCACGGUGACAUUCACUGCUUCACACCUUCAUCAUGAGAAGAACAUCACUUGUACUGCAGUCUACCCAGUAGGAACAAGCAACAAGACAGCUGAACAUACCAUGACGCUUAACGUUUUAUUCUCUCCUAAAAACACCUCAGCCUCCCUCAGUCCAGCUGAUCCAGUAUCAGUGGGCAGUUGUGUGAAUCUGACCUGCAGCAGCACAGCCAACCCUCCUGUGACAAACUUCACCUGGUUCCAGAUUUGUGGGGGUAAACCAACACAGGUAGCAUCUGGACAGACCUACACCAUCAAUGUGACUGUUGGUGAUGGAGGGAUGUACUACUGUGAAGCAAGAAAUGAUCACGGCAUUGAGAAGUCAAUGAAAGUGCUUCUAGCUAUUGAAGGGCAAGAAGAGCCUCUUAACCCAAGGGUUUUGGGAAUUGCAGGAGCAGGAGGAACCUUGGGAGUAAUUUUGCUAAUCAUCCUGAUCACUUUCUUUGGAUGGAAGAGAAAAUCUAGGCUCCCUGAUGGACUUGAAAGGACAGACAAUUCACUGGGACAGAACUCCCCAGUUGGGAUGGUGUAUACUAAUCAGGCCAUGACCGGAGAGGAACCAGAGGAACCAGCAGAAGACCAGCCUGAGGAGAUCCACUACGGUGAGAUAGACUUCUCCAAACUUCGGCCCAAAGAGACACCAGCUGUAGCCCUGGACAGGGAACAGGGGCAGGAGAGUGAAUACGCUGAAAUCAGUGUGACCGGGAGAGGGCCCCAGGAACCUCCAGUUAAAACUACUUCAGUAUCGGUGUCCGUUCCACGGGACGGUUGAGCUAACGUAGGCUAAUGCGAUUAGCAUGAGGUUGUAAGUAACAAGAACAUUUCCCUGGACAUAUACAUGUCUGAUAUUGGCAGAAAGCUUACAUUCUUCUUAAUCUAACUGCACUGUCCAAUUUACAGUAGCCAUUACAUUGAACGAAUACCAUGCUAUUGUUUGAGGAGAGCGCACAAUUUUGAACAUAAAAAGUUAUUAAUAAACAAAUUAGGCACAUUUGGGCAGUCUUGAUACCAUUUUUUUACAGAAAUGCAAUAGUUCAUUGGCUCAGUCUAACAUUUUGCACAUACACUGCUGCCAUCUAGUGGCCAAAAUCUAAAUUGUACCUGGGCUGGAAUAAUACAUUAGGCCUUUCUCUUGCAUUUCAAAGAUGAUGGUACAAAAAAAUAAUACAAAAUAACUGUUUUUUUUGUCUUUGUAGUAUCUUUUACCAGAUCUAUUGUGUUAUAUUCUCCUACAUUCCUUUCACAUUUCCACAAAGUGUUUCCUUUCAAAUGGUACCAAGGAUAUGCAUAUCCUUGCUUCAGGGCCUGAGCUACAGGCAGUUAGAUUUGGGUAUAUCAUUUUAGACUAACAUUGAAAAAAAGGGGCAGAUCCUUUAACAACCUAGAUGGGGUCUAUGCACAAGUGAAUAAGAAAAGUGCAUUUUAAGCAUUUUGCCAAUGGAUAUUAAUUAUUUUUAUGGGCAGUAUGUAUUUUGUCAUUGUUUUCUAUUAGUAUUUAGUUGUUAUAUUCACCAUUUUGGUCUCUUUGAGUAUUUGCAUAUUGUAGAAUUUUCAAGGAUGAAAAGUGUUUAACUGUUACUACAGUGGUGGUUGGAUGAUACUCUCUAUUUUAACCUAUUUAUUUUGAGUACUGAUUUCACAGAGCAUCUGUUUAAUGAGUUCAACUACUGAAGGCAGUUUAAGGCCAUAUAAAGUCAAUGAUGACUGAGGAAAGAAGAAACACAAUUAGUUGGAAAGACAAUGGCCUGAUGCAAGACAGGAAGUUGGUGAAGUAAGUGUACAUUUCCAGACUGAUGAUAAAAUCUACUGGUCACUAUUUUUCUUUUACUUUAAUGCAGUUUCCGGAAUAACAAAUUAUCUAUUUUUUAUGUCUAUUUCAAUGUUGUACUCAUCAGUUUUUAUGUUGAGCAAGAGAAGAAAUUGAGGCUGAAUUUGAAGUUUAUUAAUUGCAUUGUAAUAAAAACCUUUACAUUUAA